UCCCGUACGCUUAAAACGCACGUUUGGUGAUCUUUUUUUUUUUGACCUUUUUGAUUUUGAUCUUCACGCGGUAUAAGUUGGGAACUCUUUGGUCUUUUCUUUUUGUCUGUGACUCCACCUCCCAACGCCGCACAACAAGACGAUUGGAAUCUCUCUCCGACCUGCUAAAUGCGAGCGUGAAGUAUUUGGCGAUUGUUUCACGAGUCCGUCCGGGCUAACCCCAAUUUGGGCCCCAGAAGUGAAUAACUGCUCCGGCGCUACAUGUCGAGACCUAGCGCACGCUCGGCCUUGUAAGCGCCGACCGUGAACUGCGCUAUCAAGGAAAUUCCUCAGGCCUCCCGGGGUCAAGGCUGCUUUUUCGCUAUCAGGCGGCUCGUGCAGCUGCACAAGCUUCCGUUCCGCAACAACGCGCACUUGAAGCUCUCUCAGGCGGCCGUUGGGCACUUCAUUGGGAAUGAAUUAUCACCGCUAUGGCACACUGUCAAAUGUAAAGGCAGAAGGAGGACUUUUGUGUUUUACGAGCUGGUUUCGAUUCCUCUGAUUAUCUGUGACGAAAACGAGAGGCAGAGGUAGAGGUAGAGGGGUUGCGACCUGACCUGACCAGACGCAAUGGCCACCGAAGAGUAUCAGAUCGUCUCGGACAAGCACGCUACGCCUCCGUUGUCAGCGGUCAGGCCCAGCAGAAAAGCGAGAUGCCCGAGCGCCAGCCAGGAAGUCUGCCAGCACCCGGAUCAGUUGUGGCCGCCAAAGCAGCGGAGCAACCAGGCUCUCCUUUAUUACAGGAAGUUGUCGUGCGACAGUGAAAAUGAGACCAAUUUGGACACAGAAUACGGCUCUUAUGAGUACAGCCCAGAGAUGAAGCUUUAUUCGGAGCGGCUGGUUGGCAAAAAAAUAGAAGGAAUUACAUCAAAGCCCCCGAGGAGUUCUGAAGGCUCUUUCAGUCAUCUGGACUUAAUAAGCAAGGGUGUGAAUGAAGGCAGAACUGGCGGCAGCAGUUGCUUCAAUCGCCUCGACACCCCGACAAAGUCUUACCACAGUUUCCCGUCCUGCCCAAGCUCCAGCCCGGCUCACAGCCCGUCUCUCAGUCGCGUCUGUUGGCAGAACCCCCGGCACCUCCGUCGCUCCAGCCUGCCUGUGUCGACUUCGCUGGAUUUCCCCAAGGUGGCCAAGACAUCACCAUGCUGCUCCUCCUGGUGCAGUCCCUCCAGUGUACCCAACUCGCUGGCGUCCUCCCCCUGCAUUUCCCCCGUGCCCUCCCACUGGCAGCAUCGGCACAACGGCCACGUCCAAUAUCACCGCCUCAAAGACAGCUUCUUGAGCUUGGAGCGGCUCGACGGAAACACUUGUUCCUUGGAGAAGUUUUUCGAAUCCAUGACGCCGACCCUGAUGCGUGACGAGCGGUUGUCCUCAGAGGGGAGGAGGGGGAGCUGCAGUGGGGGCAGCAGCAGUAAUGAGGGGGCCGAAGAAGACCUCUUGGAUAGCACGGAAUUUGUCAGGAACCGUAAAGAGCGUUCCACGGUCCUGGUGCGACGGUUCUUUAAGAAUAAUCAAAAGGUGACCAAGUCGGUGUGCACCGGCACCAGAGCGAUCGUCCGGACGCUGCCCUCGGGACGCAUCUCGGACGAGGUCCGGGACGAGGUGGUCUGCCGCCUGACGUGGCGACCGAGCAAGAAAGAUAUCGUUCCCGUCCUGACGCGCCGCGUGGGGGAAGAACUCCGAGUCUGCAAAGGGAUGCUGCGCUUCGUCUGGGCCAAGAUGCACAAGGUAGCACACAAUGUUCAGGCCGAGGCUGCGCUGAACCUGACUCACCCCGCCAAGAGGCUCCUGUUGCCCCGGCCUGGAUGCCUCAGCGCCCGACUCUCUUCCUGGCCCCCUGUCAGCGGUCGUCCACCCGGACCGGCUCGCGUCACCCUUCCUCCUCCCGCCCGGGGAUCUUCUUACCCACCCAGGUUUUAUCUGGCGUGCGGUCGGAGGACAUCUGUUUGCUCCCUGCUGACCGGAGCUCUCCUGGAAGCCACGGCGGCCCUCGGGUCUCGUUCCGCCUCGCCCUGCCCGUUCGGCCACUCCCUCAACAGCGGCCACGGCGUCCUGAAAGCAGAGCGUCAGUUGGCCAACAGCAUGACCAGCGGCGGCGCCCUUCCCGCCAGCGUGAGCGGCAUCAGCAAGGAGCUGGCCGAUCUGCGGCACCUGGUGCAGUUCCCCGAGGAGAUCGCCUGCAUCCUCACCGAGCAGGAGCAGCACCUCUACCAGCGGGUGUUCCCCUUGGACUACCUGCGCUUUCUGACGCGAGAACUGAGCUGUCCGGAGAGCGAAACCAGACGUCACCCCAGCCUGAAGGCCUCGCUGUCGGCCCCCGACCCGCCCACCCAGACGGCGCGGCGCGGUAAUGCUGUGGAGGACCUGGUGGCCAGGUUCAAUGAGGUGAGUUCGUGGGUCACAUGGCUGGUGCUGACCGCCAGCUCCAUGGAGGAGAAGAGAGACGUGUUCUCCUAUUUGGUCCACGUGGCGAAGUGCUGUUGGAACAUGGGCAACUACAACGGCGUCAUGGAGUUCCUGGCGGGUCUCAGGUCCCGCAAGGUGCUGAAGAUGUGGCAGUUCAUGGAGCAGUCGGACAUCGAGACCAUGAGAAGCCUGAAGGACGCCAUGGCGCAGCACGAGUCGUCGUCAGAGUACAAGAAGGUUGUCACCAGAGCGCUCAAUAUCCCCGGAUGCAAAGUGGUGCCUUUCUGCGGCGUCUUCCUGAAGGAGCUCAGCGACACGCUAGACGGCACGGCAAGCAUCAUCAGCCUCAAAACGGCCGCGGACAACGCCGACGACUCGCUGGAGUUUGUCUCCGACUACGGCGGCCAGCACAACUUCCUGUCCCGCGCCGGCGCCGACGGCCUUCACGUCCCGGAGAAGGAAGCCACCGUCAGCAGCAUCCUGCAGAUUAUUAGAUCGUGCAAUCGCAGUUUGGAGGCAGAAGAUCCCGACGACGCCUCCGGCAGUCCGUCUUCUUCUGGCCCAGCUCCGGCAUCCAGAAACAACUCCCUCAGGGACCGCAGCCGCUAUCAGUUCACGGCGGGGGACCUGUCUGAUUCCGAAGGCGACCUGUCGUCUGAGCCCGCGGCGAACGACGUGGACUUCCAGGGCACCGAGGAGACGCACAAAGCUUUCUGCCACGGCACUGAACUCAUCCCCUGGUACGCGUUGUCCCUGCAACCGGACGUCCACCAGUUCCUGCUGCAGGGAGCCACGGUCAUCCACUACGACCAGGACACCCACCUGACGGCCCGCUGCCUCCUCAGACUUCAGCCCGACAACUGCACGCUCACUUGGGGUAAGCCUCAAAGUGGAGGGAUCUCCCCCACGGAGCAACCGCCGGGAUUGGGCCAGAACGCGGCGGCGGGACUGGCAGAAGGUCUGCUGGACGUCGGAGUGCUCAAGGCGGUGUUCCUGGGUCACCGCGGGGUGGACGUCCACGCCGUUUGUUUGCAGAACAAACUGAGCCAGCUGACGGUCGAGGAGAACGGCCUCAGCCUCCUCUACGGCCUCAGUACCACCGACAACAGAUUGCUGCACUUUGUGGCCCCCAACUACACUGCGCAAAUGCUCUACAAGGGCCUGUCAGAGUUGGCCAACGCCGCCAGGAAGCUGAAGAAGUUUCCGGACCAGCGCCUGCAGUGGCUCAGGAGGCAGUACGUCGCUCUGUAUCAGGAGGAGGGUCGGUACGAAGGCCCGACGCUGGCGCAGGCCAUCGAGCUGUUUGGCGGGCGCAGGUGGAACAUGGGCGCGAGCGGGGCGGAUAAAUCGGGAGCCCCCAGGAGCAGCCCGCUGGGCAUCAAUGAAAAGGCCAAGAAGAAGAAGAAGGCCCUGGUUCGGGGAGACAGUGGGGAUGCCACGGACGACGAGAUGCUUUCCAGGAAAACGCGCAGCUGUAAAGAAGGAUUUUGUCGGAACGGGCCGGAGUCGGACAGCAUAGACCAAGAAGAUCUAGACGACAGCUUUCCGGGACCGUUCUCACUCCCGUCCAGGGGAAGUCCUGGACUGCUGGCCUCUUCCUCCUCCUCUUUCUCUUCCUCCAGUUCCUCCAGUAUGGCCAGCUCCAACCAAUCCCGCCCGCAAUCCUCCCCGAUCCUUUCAGGGACUACCAAGUCUCAGUCAGGGGCGUGGAGCAGCAGGUCGUGGCACGGUCGCGGCAAAGGCUGUUUCAAAGGCUUCCAGAACCUCAUGAUCUCCGACAGCACCAUGAGCUUCGUGGAGUUUGUGGAACUCUUCAAGUCAUUCAGUAUCCGGAGCAGGAAGGACCUGAAGGAGCUCUUCGACACGUUCGCUGUCCCUUGCAGUCGUUCCAGUCCAGAGUCGGCCCCUCUCUACACCAGCCUGAAGAUCGACGACAGGGACGCGGGGCUCCAACCAGACCUUGACCUCCUGACUCGAAACGGAUCAGACCUGGAUCUGUUCAUCCGGACUAGGCGGCAGAUGUCGGACAACCAGAAGCAGAUCUCGGACGCCAUCGCCGCCGCCAGCAUCGUGACCAACGGGACCGGUGUGGAGAACUCGUCUCUGGGCGUUUUGGGCUUGGCCAUCCCUCAGUUGAACGACUUCCUGGUCAACUGCCAGAGGGAGCACCGGACCUACGAUGAGAUUCUCAGCAUCAUACAGACAUUUGAGCCCUCGUCAAACAUGAGGCUGAUGGGCUGGAUGUCAUUCGAAGGCUUCGCGAGGUACCUCAUGGACAAGGAGAACUUCGCCUGCCGAAACGACGAGUCCCAGAUGAAGGCCGAGGAGCUCCAGUACCCUCUGUCCUACUACUACAUCGAGUCUUCUCACAACACUUACCUGACGGGACACCAGCUCAAAGGAGAGUCGUCUGUCGAGCUUUACAGUCAGGUGCUGCUGCAAGGCUGCCGGAGCGUAGAACUGGACUGCUGGGACGGAGAUGACGGCAUGCCGGUCAUCUAUCACGGACACACGCUCACCACCAAAAUACCUUUCAAGGAUGUGGUGGAAGCGAUUAACCGCGCGGCGUUCGUCGGUUCGGACAUGCCGGUCAUCCUGUCCAUUGAGAACCACUGCUCCCUCCCACAGCAACGCAAGAUGGCCGACAUCUUUAAGACGGUGUUCGGGGACCGCCUGGUGACGCGCUUCCUCUUCGAGGGCGACUUCAGCGACGACCCCCACCUGCCGUCGCCGCUGCAGCUGCGCGGGAGGAUCCUGCUGAAGAACAAGAAGCUCAAGGCCCACCAGGCGCCAGUGGACAUAUUGAAGCAGAAGGCCCACCAGCUGGCCCACUUGCAGGCCCAAGCCAGCAACGGCUCGCCGGGGGCCGCCGCCCCGCCCGGAAGCCACGCCAACGAGGAAGAGGAUGAAGACGAAGAUGAGUACGACUACGACUACGAGUCUUUAUCAGAUGCCGAUGUCCUCAAUGCCUCUACCGCCUCCUAUGGGCUGGAAGAUAACCUCCUGGAGGAAAAGUCAGAGGGGAAGAGCGCAGCCGACAAAGAGGAGCAGCCUGCGGAUGAAGCGCCCAAACGCGUGAAGAAGGCCGACGGCAACACUCAGAGCAAAGGAAAGGUGUUCGACAUGGAGCUGGGCGAGGAGUUCUACCUCCCUCAGAACAAGAAGGAGAGUCGGCAGAUCGCACAGGAGCUGUCUGACCUGGUCAUCUACUGCCAGGCCGUCAAAUUCCCAGGCUUGUCCACGCUGUCUCCGUGCGGCUCGGGCAGGGGGAAGGACCGCGGCAAGUCCAGGAAGUCCAUAUUCGGCACGGCGCCGGUCCGCUGCGCCGCACAGGGUGAGGUCUCCGCGCAGAGUCGCGGUCCUGGGAAAAGCGGCGCCGAGCGCCUGAGCUGGGAGGAGCAGCAGCAGCAGCAACAGCAGCAGCAGCAGCAGCCGACGACGACGACGACGACACCGCCGCCGCCGGCGCCCAACCCUCCGACGUCGCUCAGCGCCAUCAUCCGCACGCCCAAGUGCUACCACGUCUCGUCGGUCAACGAGAACGCCGCCAAGCGCCUGUGCCGGCGCUACUCGCAGAAGCUGAUCCAGCACACGGCGUGCCAGCUGCUGCGCACCUACCCGGCCGCCACGCGCAUCGACUCGGCCAACCCCAACCCGCUCCUCUUCUGGCUGCACGGCAUCCAGCUGGUGGCGCUCAACUACCAGACCGACGACCUGCCCAUGCACUUGAACGCGGCGCUGUUCGAGGCCAACGGCGGCUGCGGCUACGUCCUGAAGCCGCCCGUGCUGUGGGACCGAAGCUGUCCUCUCUACCGGCAGUUCUGUCCCAUGGAGCGAGACGCGGAGAGAAGCGGCCCGGCCGUCUACUGCCUCACCAUCGUGUCGGGUCAGAACGUGUGCCCGGCCAACGGCUCGGGCAGCCCCUGCGUCGAGGUGGACGUCCUGGGCACGCCGGGCGACAGCUGCCACUUCCGCAGCAAGCCCAUCCACCGCAACGCGCUCAACCCCAUGUGGAGCGAACGCUUCCAGUUCAGCGUGCACUUCGAGGAGCUCUGCUUCCUGCGCUUGGCCGUGGUGGAGAACAACAGCUCGCAGACCACCGCGCAGAGGACGCUGCCCCUGAGGGCCCUCAAACCAGGUUACAGACACGUGCAGUUGAGGACGCAGCGCAACGAGCACAUGGAAGUUUCCAGCUUGUUCAUCUACAGCAAACGUGUCGAAGAAUCGGGCGCCGCGUGUUCCUCGUCCCAACUCUUCAGCCCGGAGGAGAAGCACGCGGCCCAAAAGCACAGAGUGACGGUCCACGGUGCGCCCGGGCCAGAACCUUUCGCUGUCUUUUCCAUCACCGAACACACGACGAGCAAGCAACUGUUGGACGUGAUGGUCACUUCAGAGAGAAACCCGGCCGACUACUUCCUGUGCGAGGAGAAGGUCCCCCUGUCCAAGGACCGCGGCGAGACCAAGCGCUGCGCUCAGCGCCGGCCCCUCGCGCACGACGAGGCGCCGGUCCGGGUGGUCUCGGCUUGGGACGCCGAGGACGGCUACGUGGGGAGGAUCUGCCUCCGGACCAGAGAGGAGAACCUAAACGAGAAGAAUGCGGCGGCCGAGGGUGAGGAGGACGCGAUCGCCGCGGGCGGAGGAGGAAGAGGAGAAGGCGGCGUGGAGGAGGAGAUGUUUUUCGUUCAGGUGCACGAGGUUUCGCCCGAGCAGCCUCACACCGUCAUCAAGGCGCCGCGCUACAGCUCCGCGCAGGACAUCAUAAUGCAGACUCUGUCCAAGGCCAAAUACUCGUACAGCAUCCUGUCCAACCCCAACCCCGGCGACUACGUCCUGAUGGAGGAGGUGGCCAAGGACGGCGGGUCCAAGAAGUCGUCCGGCGCCAAGCCCGUCCAGCGCGUUCUUCCGGACCAGGAGUGCGUCUAUCACGCCCAGAGUCGCUGGAGGGGGGCCGGGAAGUUCAUCCUCAAGCUCAAAGAGCAGGUGGCGCGCGAGGACAAGAAGAAGGUGAUGUCGUUCGCCAGCGAGCUGAAGAAGCUGACCAGCCGCAGCCGCGGCAUGACGACGGGCGCGGCGGCGGACGGCGCCGCUCACAGUAAGGACGACAGAGCUGCAUGCUGCGUGGCGCUGACCGAGCUGCACGAGUGAGCCUCGCACUGCGCUCGGUGCAAAAGGAGGGUACACACGGCUGAGGGCGCACACGCCGGAGUGCGGGGUCGGGGCGGGACGUCUCCUCCGGGCCUCGUCGUCCCGGUCCGCCGACGGCUUCCCCGCCGCCGCCGCCGCCUCCUCCUCUCUCAGCCCGGCGGCGUGGAAGCUUCGCAUCCUCCAGAACUGGAAGAUCCACAAAUGAAAAAGCCAAGCGAGCGAGCGAGCGAGAGAUCGUUAGCCUCUCUUCACCCCCCCCCCCCCCCCCCACAGUCGUCGCCGUGAAGGUUUUUUUUUUUUUUAGGUGGCAGCCUCGUGGGCGUUUUUCUUGCUUGUUGGGAGGAGCGUACGCAGCGCCGACGGCGGCGGACCGGGACAUUCCGCGUUCGGAGGCGGAGAAUGUUGGAGGCGACGGAGGACGCAGAAGGUGAAACGUUCGGAGACGAGCUGGCUUGUUUACUUCCGGUCUUUCUGUGUCACUGUGAUGUACUGUGAGAGCGGCGAAGGGACAAAACGUGUCGGGGGGGAAAAAAAAAAUGCACAAAGCAGUACACGAAAUAUUCACGUCAAGAGCUCAAAUGUAGCGCUCAUUUUUUAUCUUUUUGUAUUUUUCGAUCGCGUGGCUGUACGACCCGUAGCUCAUUUCUUGUCGAUUGUGGUUCCUUCACUUCAUCCUUUACAAAACACAAAUAAUAAGAAUAUGAAUAAGUCCAUAAUACAGCAGUGGUGCCGAGAUGUGAGGUUAAUUCGUUCUGUUUAAAUCAAUGAAAAUGACAGUAAUUCGUUUGAGCCACUUGCAAAAACCAUUUUUAAUGUCAUAAAAACAUACAAUUAAUUAACGAAUGUCAAGGUAUUAAAUUGUCACAUUUUUUUUGACAUUGUGCUGCUCACGGCGUGUCCCCUUGGCCGCCUUGACGCAGCACAGCAGACAUGCGGAAAAACUGUCCAUGUACCGUUCUUUGGUCCUCAGUACUGUACGCCGUUAUGGUUAAUAGUUCUUCGACGAGGGGAAAAUAAAAUCUGCCGAAUUAUAUCUCAAGUCUUAAAUCAGGUCACUCAAGGCACCACUGUACAUAUUUUUAAAUUAGCAAAAAUAAUCAUAAAUGAGUCGGUCACUUUUAGGGCUAAACGCAGUGUCAAGGUCUUCAAACUGUAUUUUGCACAUUUGUUUUUCUCUACAUUUUUUUGGGGGGGGGCUUUUUUUUACAUCGCUUUCAAGAGGUUUGAAUUUGAUUGGACGGUCAAAAAAAUAAAUCAUCUUAAUUUCUUUAGAUUUCAGCGCGGUUGAAUUUUUAUUCCCGAUCCUGAAAGGUUUUAUUUGGUUUGACUUGAUCAUUUUUCUCCAGUUUUGAAUUCUGUACUGAUUCUGAUGACAUGAUCUUUGUCAUUAUUUUAGACGUUUAAACAUAUUUUGGGGCCACUUUACCCUGUUUUUGACAUGUAGGAUUUUUAACGAUUUCAAUUUGUUUUUCCUUCGUAAAUAUUUUUGUUUGCGUGAUAAAAUGGAAGAAAAUUACACUACAAUAGUUUAACACUAAAUGACAUCACGGAAGACUGAGAAUGUUAUAUUUUUUAUUUUUUUUUUAGAUUAGACAAAAGAACUGAAAAGCAGUCUUAGUUAAUAGUUUUCAUCUUUGUAUGGGUCAAAAAUGGAGCGUUAAAUUUAAGCACUGUAGUCUUGCCCACUAUAAUUUUUUUUUUUAAAAAACUUCUUUUAUGAACUUAAACAGGAAGGGAUUUUAUUUUCUGGUCUCUUCAUUUUUCUUUUAUUUUUCUCCCCCCUGUAUGUAUUUGUUACUGUUUCAUAACGUUUGCGACAGAUGUUAUUUAUUUGACGUUUAAAGCCCUGGUUGGCAUUUAACUGUUCUAUUUUAUUUUGUUUGUGGUUUUUUUAUUUAUUUGAAAGUUUUGGAAAAGAGAUUGUUUAUUGAUGGUGUAAAUAGUACGCAACUGUCAAUUCAGCUAGUCAUCAUUUCAGUUGUUUUGCGAGUUUCGACAAAUUCCUUUUUUGUUGUUGUUGGCCAAAUGGACAAUAUUAACACUAUUUUCCAUAUUUUAGUAGUAUUCACUCUGCAUAUCUGCUGCCACUCAUGUUGACUUGCUAUGUACUCAUUUCCAUGAUGAUGUAUGUUUAACAUUCACCAAGGUGACGUCGAAGGCUGUCUUGUUACUUGAAUUUAUUUUGUUUUGAUGGCUAUUUGUGGAUUUGUCACAUAGUGGAAUAAUAAAAAUACAACAUGCUAGCUGCA